GUUUAUGUUUAAAAAGGAAUUAGCGGCGUUUUUCCCACAAUAUAUUUAGUAACAUCACUAUGAGCUUGUUUUGAUCAAUUCACGAUUGGCAUCAAGGGUUUAUUUUGAAAAAGGCAAAGUCUACCACUGGUUAAUGUUUAAUUAAGGUUGUUGAUUUCGUUUCUCAUCGUGUUUAUCUGGCCAUGUUGCAUGUGAGGACAAUGACACCCUCAACGGGUUCCAAGCAGACUUCAGCUGCAGCAUCAAAGAUCAAAAAUAAGAUUCUCAACACCUCCUCCUUCUUCAAGGUGUCUUUGAAGACCAACAACAAGGCCCUAGCUCUGGCUUUGGAGGCCCAGAAGGAGAGGAGCAGGCAGCUGGAGAAGGAGAUUGUGUACCUGCAGAAACAGGUGGAGGCUCUGUGCUUCGAGCUGGCCACCAAGAAAUACAAGCACAGGAAACUGCUCCUCAUCCUGAAAAAUCUCCAUAGCAACACUCUGCAGCACUUGGACAUGGUGGCUGACCUAUUCUCUGACAGUGAUCUUCCCAAACUAUCUGAGGAAGACAAGACCUUAUCUGAAAGCAUCAACGAAGAAAAUCUUGUAGCAGGAAGUGUUACAGAUCAGUUACAUUCUUCUCCCCAAAAAGUAGGCACGGACUUGCCUGAAAAAAACAUCUGUGCAAAUGUCUUCAAUAUCCAGAACAGACCCGAUAACUUAAUGGAUACUUGUAAUGAUGCUGAGAUGCCGCAUAUACAUUCUCCCCAGACAGGAACAUCCCGUCCGUCCAGCAGCCUAAGGGAUGAAGUAGAGAGGCUGUCAAUGAUGUUCUCUCAAUCUGUGUUUGAUGUUAAGUCAGUUCCCUGUGUUCAAAACAGCCAAACCCCCUCAGUUGUAAGCACAUGUGAAAAACACAAGCCGUCUCUUUCUAACGAUGCUCAGCUUCCAGGCAGCUUAGUCAUGGAAACUGAGCCAGAACAUGGUAACAAACAAGAAAAGACUGUGCUUCUGAAUACAACAAUGGAGAUGACGGUAAGCAAUGCAGCUGAAAUAGUCGUUGUGGAAACCAAGGCCAAAAAAGCAGGUCGCACUGGCAAGCCGAAAGGCAAGAAAAAUAAGGAACAAGCCUGUGGGUCAAGCGAGAAUGAAAAUCCACUAACAAAGAAGAAAGUGAGUGAGGUUCAGAGUGCUUCCACUGGCACUUUGUUACAGACAGAUGACCCUGUACCAGAGGAUAUUGGAGACCCCGAGGUUAAUGAGUUUCAGUUUUCCAAAACACAAAGUGUCAUUACGUCUCGCAUUCCCAAACUGGGCAAGUCGGAAGCAGGCAACUGUAAGAAAAAGGUAAAGGACAAAUUCAAAUUCCGUGAACAGACUAAGUCAUGUGACAUUGUCUCACAAGAGCUGGACGAUUAUUUCAUGGAUCCUAAAAUUAAACCCUCAAAAACCAGUGAAAGUGUCAGAUUACUAUUAGAGAAAGAAACCACAGAAGAAGCAAGGUCCAAAAUCACAUGCAGGAGGUCCAGGACCAAAGGAAGGAGGGUGUCCUCGGUUACCAGGAAAACUUUUGUUGUUUUGCCUUUGCCAUUGCAUGAAAGUGAGAGCAGUCGGUCUGAACUGGAAGACGUUCGUAAUGAAGCGGAAGAAGAACAUGUGGGCAAUGAAGCACAGAGCAAAAUGAAGACUGGGGAAAGUCACAAUCCAAGAUGCAGAGGGACGUUUGUUAUCUCAGUGUCCCGCGACAGCGCCUCAUCAAACAGAGCGUCACCAGAGGUGGAUUUCGUAGACUUAACGCCUCCUCCAGGAUCCCCCAACUGCAAGGCAGAAGAACCGGUAACUGUAACGGGCGCAAGUGUCACUCGGCAGUGUUCAGAAUCAAAUCCGCACAGGCACACUGAUGGACUCUUUGUGGAGGAAAUGCCAAGCUCCUGUAAGCGUCCUUGGCUGGCCGCUCAGGAUUGCGGAAGCCCUCAAGACGAUUUGAGUAGCAACGAUAACCACGAGGUACUGCUGCUGGACCAGGACUGCCAUUCAGGAACAGAGUUUCAGAAACCUAAGAAAGCCAGGAGAGAGGAAACAAGUCGAUCCAGCAAGAAGAAAGCUGUGUCGAGGAAGGAGUGUGUCGAUCAUUUAAAUGACAGGAAAAAGAAGAAAAAAAGGAGCCAUAGCGACAAAGGAUUUAGAUCUGAGGAUGAAACCUGGUGUCUUGGGGACCGCGUUCAUGAUCAUGAAAGAAAUAAAGAACAGUUAGAUGAUUUGCAAGUGGUUGACUCACAUUCUGACAUCAGGAAGAAGGAUGACAUCUUUGAACAUUUGUAUGAUUCUGAACUCAGCGAGUCCAGGAUGGACUGGAAUCCAAAAAGGUGUAGAAAGACAUCCAAGCUGCACACACCAACGGAAACUAGAAAUCCAAGGGAGACAUUUGUUGUCCACACACAAACAACUCAAGACAGUGUUUCACUAAACGCCCCGCGGACAUCUAAUGUGGCAAACGCCUACAGUCACAUGACUGACACAAGCGCGACAGUACAUCAGACUGUGGGAGACCUGCUGACGGACGAGAUGCCUCCGUGGCUGGCCAUCGACACCAGCACUGCGGACACCGAAGCGGGCUCAUUACUUGCUACUCCCAAGAGGGUGACAUCAGGAAGGGCGGCAGGCAUUGAGGAAUCUGCUGCUGUCACAUCUGAAGCCUCUCCAGCAGGAAGAGUCCUAACAUCACUGACCAACACCAUUGCAACCCCAGACAGUGAGACCAGAGGGAGAACCAGGAGACGACACGGUGUGGUCAGUUACAAGGAGCCUGCCCUCAACAGCAAAAUAAGGCGUGGAGAUAAAUUCACCGACAGCAUGUUUCUGAGCUCUCCGGUGUUUAAGGACGGCAAGAAGAAGAAGAGGCAGAAGAAGGCUUUGGCCAACCCAAAUAUGGAAAAAUCAAUUUUGGCUGACUGAUCAUUAUUAUUUAUUUUUUAUUUUUAUUUUCUUUACAUGGUUAUUUUCUUUACAUGGUUUAUUUUAAGUUGUUUUCUUUAAAGAAGUAUUUCCUCACAACCAUAUUUUGUAGACUAGAUGUCUCUGUGUGCCCGUACAGAAUGCACAUUGAACGCUGAAACUAAUCUGUUUGUUCUGACAACUGUGGAAGUAAAUAAGAGACAUAAGUACAUUUACACAGCCAUUAAAUAAUUAAUAUUGACAUUUAAACACCACUUUCAUAACAUUGAAAUAUUAUACUUUGAAAAGCAAGUGUCUGAAUUUAUUUAUUUAAAAUCUUCUUUGAAAUUAAAAUUUCCAAAAAAAUAUAUUCAAAUUCAGAUUGAAUUUGAGUAUAUUUUUUUUAGUGCACACAAUACUUACAUCUCUCAUCUACUUCCAUAAAUAACUACCGUUCCAUUUAUUUCCCAGCGUCGUGUGGCUGGUAAUGGUUUUAGAGAUUGACAGGAGGUUGGUCAUAAAUUAUUCAAUCCAUGCUGUUCACCUGAGAAGUCUGGUCCGCAAAGGGCUCGUGUUGCCCAGAAAGGUUACCAGAUUCAGUGUAGUGUGACUGCAGCCAACAUUGUUUUUGCAUCAUCAUGUAAACUGAAGGCCUGUAAGCUGUGUUGGCUCUUCGUACAGAACUGUGUGGUGAGUACAGAUGCUUGCGUGCUGAAUUGGUUUUAAAUAUGCCACUGAUUGCCAAUAAAAUGUUACUGCACAGGA